CAGCAAGAAGCGUUGGCCGCAAAAUGAUGCCCUCACCUCACCCUUCGGAGGUUCCCAUGUCACAAAAUAUGGAAUCUCAAUAUAUUCGAACCCACCAGUACACGCCAGGGACCGGCCGACUUCAACAACCCACCUAUCCAGAUCCGAAAUAUGAUGGAUACAACAACAAUAACAUAGAGUCUGUCGGGCCCCAUACACAUCGUUUCCCAGUGGGGGAAUUUAUCAGCCCUGGAUUCUUUCAAAAUGUGGACCCGUGCCUUUUCUCCAUACCUAAAGCUGAGCUCGAAUGGAAAUACAAUAUGCGCAGAGACGCCCAGCGCAUACUGCCAUUUCUCUAUCUAGGACCAUGGAGUUGUCUUGGGAACAGGGCCUGGCUUAAAGAAGAGGGGUUUGGCUUACUCUUCGCGAUUCGCGACAGCAGGUUAGCCCAGGCUCGCCUGGUUUCGGGACAGAGGGCCGCCACAGAGUUGGGAAUUGAAGCCGACUCGAUGGAUAUUUCGAAUAACCAAGAGCUUAUCUCCUCGUUACCAAAUGUAAUCCGACGUAUCAACGACCACUUGGCCGGCCAAAACAGAGCAGGACCCAACUCUCCAGUGAAGAAGAUUCUCUUAUUCUGCGAAACUGGCAAUGGACUAUCCGCCCUUGUCGUGAUCUCGUAUCUGAUGGUGAUGUUGAACUUGGAUCUGGGCCAUGCGCUGUAUUUGGUCCACUCGCAACGGUUUUGCAUCGAUAUGGACGAUCUUUUGAAGCCACUGUUGUUUUCGUUCGAGUCGAUUCUUGCGGCUAAGCGCGACGUCGAAAGUGCCAAGAAGGCUUCCAUUGGAAGUUCCAGCCUAGCUGCUCCAACGACGGUGCUAGCUAAGAAAAGAAGUUUUGCAGAUCGGGCGGAGAGCGAGAACAUGGCGGAGGGUAGUAUGGAUAUAGAGACUUCCACGCCCGCGCGAAAGCCUUUGGCGCCCUUCCGGGACCGUUGGGGAUGAUUUUCAACAGCACCGGAACGCCAGGACGACACUCGAGCCGCGCUGCGUCUACACAAACGGAUAUGUCAAUGACACUACCUUGACUCUCUUCAGAUCUUAUCUAUGUUAUGCGGAAGGUCUUCCCGACCACGCCUUCUACAUCGCAACUAGGCUUCACGGCGCAUCCAAUGGUUUUAUGGCCUUUAAUUCUGUUCAUUAUUGUACUUUAUUUUCUAAACAUCUUCAGUCCCGGAGUCAAUAUUCUGGCUCUCGGGAUGCAUGAGCUUUAUGAGGUUUAUGAGAAUCCAAUUACAGUCUAAU